AUGGAGAGCAGGAUCACACCGCUCGGCCUGGCCGGGCACAGAGCCAGCCCACUCGGAGGUUUGCAUGUUCCCCCGUCUCUCCUGCGCCCCCCGCCUCUCUUCCUCCGGGCCUGUAACCCGGCUCUGGAGAGGGGGUACCCCCGCACCCCGAAGUGCGCCAGAUGCAGAAACCACGGUGUGGUGUCCGCGCUAAAAGGCCACAAGCGCUUCUGUCGCUGGAGAGACUGCGUGUGCGCAAAGUGCACGCUGAUAGCGGAGAGGCAGCGCGUGAUGGCCGCGCAGGUGGCUCUGAGGAGGCAGCAAGCCCAGGAGGAGUGCGAGGCUCGGGAGCUCCUGCUUAUGUACCCCGGGGGCUCCGGAGUCAGUGCCGGGGAGACAGGAGCCCCUCAGGCGGCACCGGCUGCUAGCAGCAGCACUCCAACUGCUCACAGGGUCAAUGUGUUUGGAGCAGAGAACCACAAAUAUGAUGACAAACUGAGCAAGUACAAUUUGUACAGUGGGUUCAUGGGUUGCCCCCUGUUUGCCCCACACACCGCACGGCUGCUCUCUGCAGCUGAGCAGAGAGACGUGUCUCCAAACAAGGACAGCCGCACUUCACUGAACGAUGAAAGUCCAUCCCCGGUGUCUGACCAGCGCUCAGAACACACAGAGAGUCCGCACAGGUCACUCUCCUCCUCGGAUCCGGAGUCAGGCAGCGAGUCGGAGAAACCCGGGGACUUCCGAAGUCUGGACCGGGACCCUACCGACAUCAUGGCCAAGAUCUUCCCCCACCAGAGGCGGGACACCCUGGAGUCUAUGGUGAGGACGUGUAAAGGUGACCUAGUCAGGUCCAUUGAGCUGGUGCUGAGCUCCAAGGAGAACAAACUGGACACUGAAGGCUCGUCUCUGUCUAAGCAUCCUUCUGUCGGGCUGCCUGCAGCGCUCGGUGCUCUGGGGAACAGGUCUGCCUUCUCCCCGCUGCACAUGCCGCCGCCGACUGCCGGGGGGGACGCUCUGUUCGGGCUCAGCCCCCGCCUCGGUGUCAGCCCCCUCCGGCUGACCUACUCCUCUGCAAACGGUGGUAUGGCAGGUUUUAUGUCACCGUACAUGACCUCUGGACUGAUGCCAGUGUUUCCACUGCGGCCUCCCCUGGACACAUACUCCUUCCCGGGUAUGAUCCGGGACCUUUCUUACCUGCAGAGCAAGGAGUCCCUGUGCAGCACGGGCCUGUACACGAGACUCAGCAGUGACAAAGGACUGAAUUAAAAUAUGAUUCUUAAAUGGUCAGAUGUAAUGUUCAAGGGCCUGUUCAAGUCAGUUUAUUUUUUAUCCUGUACAAGUUGUAAAUAUUGUUUAUUAUUAAUAAAGUUAUAA